AUGAGCAACUUCUGUCCAGACUGUGGCAAAAGUCUCCAAGCAACGUUCAAAUUCUGCCCUCACUGCGGAAAGGCUUUACCGACAGAGAACCCUGAGGGGUCCCAGACCUUUGUCAGACCGGUUUCGUCCAUCUUCCUAGGCUCCAGCAAAGAGAAGAACCCCAAUUAUGAACACGUUCCCAAGAAAGUGAAAUGGUCCAGCUGUUGUAGCACGUCUUCGUCAUCCUUCUUGUCAGACCACGAGAGUUCUGGGUCGGAAGAUGCCUUGAAGGGCAAAGGAUGGACCAGUCCUCUGAUCCCCAAAAGCAAGCCGCAGAAGAAAAGCCCCCAGACCCUGAAGCGGCGCCAUAUGACCACCUCCCUGGAGGCUUUGCCCCGGGGGACAGUGAUGACGGACAAGAAUGGACGAUACUGGAGGCUGGCAUCCUUGCAGACCAGGGACGACCAGGGCAUUAUCUAUGAAGCUGAGCCUAUCCCUGCCUGGGAGUCGAGUGGCCAGAAACGAUUCUCGCUGAAACUAGAUGCCAAGGAUGGGCGCUUGUUCAAUGAGCAGAACUUCUUCCAGCGGGCCGCCAAGAUUUCACAAGUGAACAAGUGGAAGAAGAUGUCCUCAACCCCCUUACUGGCCAUCCCCACCUGUUUUGGUUUCGGCGUUCACGAGGACAGGUACAGGUUCUUGGUGCUCCCCCUGCUGGGGAGGAGCCUGCAGUUAACCCUGGAUGACAACCCGAAGCACAUAAUGUCCAUGCAGUCCGUGUUCCAGAUCGCCUGCCGGCUGCUGGAUGCCCUGGAGUUCCUCCAUGAGAACGAGUAUGUUCACGGAAAUGUGACAGCUAGGAAUAUCUUUGUGAAUCCCCUGGACCGGAGCCAGGUGACCCUGGCAGGUUACGGCUUCGCCUUCCGCUACUCCCCAGGCGGCAAGCACGUGCCCUACAAGGAAGGCAGGAGGAGCCCACACGAGGGGGACCUGGAGUUCAUUAGCCUGGACCUGCACAAGGGAUGCGGACCCUCUCGCCGUAGCGACCUCCAGUCCCUGGGCUACUGUUUGCUGAAGUGGCUCUACGGAAACCUGCCGUGGACAAAAUACCUUCCCAACACCGAGGAUGUCAUGAAGCUGAAACAGAAGUUCCUGAGCACCCCAGUGGCCCUCGUGGGACACUGCUGUCACUGGAUUCGGCCCUCAGAGACGCUGCAGGAAUACCUGAAGGUGGUGCUGGCUCUCAAGUACGAGGAGAAGCCGCCCUACGCCUCGCUGCGAAGCAGCCUGCAGGCCCUGCUCCAGGAUCUGCACGUGUCGGCCUAUGACCCCAUCGACCUCCGGGUGACGCCGUAG